UUGUACUAAACAGGGAUCCUGACUCUGUUCAGUGUCUCUCACUCUAUUUUCAUGUACUGUCGUUUCCAAGGCCUACAAGCAAAACAGAGCUAAAUCACCUUCUUCUUCUUCUUCUCAUUAAUGGGAACAAAGAGCUCAACCUAAAAGCUUCUUCGCAGUUGGAAAAUUUUAGAUAGUCUUCGGUUUUAGAAUAUGUCUGCCAAGAUAUAAAGCUUCUUUUGCCAUUACCUUGUGAAGAAAGCUUGCAGCAACUUUAUCUCUUGAGAUUCUUCAAGGGUUGUUUUUUUAAAUCUCUUUCACAUUCAUAUCUUCAGCCAAAAAAAGGUUCAGUCUCGCUGGACAGCUACAAAACCCCACUCUGUUUCUUGGUUCUCUUCUUCCUUAAGAAUUUGGUUUUAGUUUGGAGAGGAAAAUGGGAAAGGUUCCGAGGAUUCUGUCUUGGAGGAACAUGUUGGUCCUCUCAUUGGCUGUAAACUUCAGCUUGAUACUAAGGAUCUUGAAGGGUACUGACGGUGGAAACUCCUCGUAUGUUGUUAGUAUAUGGCCUGUGGUAUCUAACUCACUGGAUAGAACGGUGUAUGGUGAUAGCAAAUGGCCUGUGGUAUCCACCACGGCCUCAGGAUCUUCUUCUUUGUCUUCAGCAUCUUGCACCUACAACGAGACUCAAGAAGAUGACCACAGAAUUAUCAAUCUCAAACUUGGUGAUCCAAUGGUGUAUGAGAGAUACUGGCAAGAAAUGGGUCAUAUGACAACAAUGGUGAUAGCUGGAUGGCAAUCACUCAGCUAUUUUUCAGAUAAUAACAAUGAGCUUUGUUGGUUUCUUGAACCAGAACUUGCCAAAGAGAUUGUAAGAGUGCAUAAGGUUGUUGGGAACGCUGUAACACAAGACCGUUAUAUUGUUGUUGGCACUGGCUCAACACAAUUGUAUCAGGCUGCUCUCUAUGCUCUCUCCCCACAUGAUGACUCUGGUCCUAUUAAUGUCGUCUCAGCUGCGCCUUAUUAUUGUUCGUACCCGUUGAUUACAGAUUGUCUUAAAUCGGGUUUGUAUAGAUGGGGAGGAGAUGCAAAGACAUACAAGGAAGAAGGUCAAUACAUUGAACUUGUUACAUCACCGAACAACCCUGAUGGGAUCUUGAGAGAAUCAGUGGUGAACCGUAGUGAAGGUAUACUGAUCCAUGAUUUGGCGUACUACUGGCCGCAGUAUACGCCUAUAACAUCGAUAGCUGAUCAUGAUGUAAUGCUCUUCACUGCUUCAAAGAGCACUGGCCAUGCAGGGAUGCGCAUUGGCUGGGCUUUGGUGAAAGACAAAGAGACGGCCAAGAAAAUGACAGAGUACAUAGAACUCAACACGAUUGGGGUUUCAAAGGUCUCGCAGCUUCGAGUAGCCAAGGUUUUGAAGGCAGUGUCAGACAGUUGUGGUAAUGAAACGGCUAAAUCCUUUUUUGAGCACAGUUAUGAUGCCAUGUUUGAGAGGUGGAAGCUAUUGAAACAAGCAUCGAAGACUACUAAAGGUUUUACCGUUCCUGAUUUUGCCUCUCAACGUUGCAAUUUCCUAGGAAAAGCCUUUGAGCCACAGCCAGCUUUUGCAUGGUUAAAGUGUGAAGAAGGGAUUGUCGAUUGUGAAAAGUUUCUGAGAGAAAAGAAGAAUAUUCUAACCAAAAGUGGAAAAUAUUUUGGAGAUGAUCUGAGCUAUGUGAGGGUAAGCAUGUUAGAUAGAGAUUCUAUCUUUAAUACUUUUAUUCACAGGAUUUCAUCUUCCUUCAAUUCAACUUUGUAAGUACACACGUGCAUGUCAUGACAAUAUGUGUGUCUAACAUUGUAACAAGUGUUUGUUCCAUAUUAUGGAAAUUUGAAUAAUGCGAUGAUCGAGACUUUCAA